AUGCCCGACAUGCACACCGUUUUCCAGCAAUCGGCCUCGCCUCCCAAGGUCGAUCUCGCCAGCGCCAACUCCCAGCUCUUCCGAGUCCCCUCCUCCACCUCCGCAUCCUCCUCGCUCUACUCGCUCUCCGUCAGUCGCAAACGUCCUCGUCGCGACACGGAGAAGCUGUCCUCCAAGUUCGAAUUCGAAGCCUCCUCCGAAGUCGCCAGCGCCUCGCCGCUUAUCACCACCGACUUGCGCCAACCAAGCGGCGGUGAAGACUAUCUCACCUCCGCCGAAUUCGACUAUCGUCCGAAUCGAUACCGCGAGUCCUUCCUGCCGCCGUCACUGAAUGGCAGCGUCGACACACUAGUUCCAGAGGGCAACUGCCGCAAACGCAGUCGGCGUGAUUCCAACAUCGCCUCGCCCACGGCCGAUGGCCCAAGUCCAAGCCCAGCCACGCGCGUGGGCUGGGGUCGAACGGUGAUCAACGUAGUGGGCAAGGUGCUGGAUCUAUGCUGGUCUGGCGCAUUCCGAGGCUUCUAUGCUGGCGGGGGACAGGGCUAUGAUAUGCAAGCCGGCUCGCCGCCACAACCACCGUUCAACCCCGGCUGGCAAGCAAGUACCAGUUCCUCUGUAGAAAAAGACUUUAUCUUCCGAACACCCAUCCCCGGCCAAUAUCCCGACGAAGAUAUCGACCGGAGCUGGGUGGUCGUCCCAUCUGAGCCUACCGAUCCAUUCAAUGGUGGCUACGAUGGCAGCACCGACAGUCCGUCCGCUUUACGAGCCCGUCGGAUUCAUCAGGCGUCCAGCCCUCGUCGACGACAAGCAGUCAUGCCUCGUAUGGCUAAGCGACCAAACCUGUCUGUACGACCAUCGACCCCGACCAAAAGUACUGCUCUCCCAUCGCCUCGAUCACAAAAUGGUCCCGGAUCAGCCGAAAUGCAAAAAUACGCUGCACGGAUGCGCCGCAAGGAGCGCGAGGAAGACGCCAGUAUCCAGCGAUUGAAUAAGCAGCUUCAAGCAAUGAUCCGAGAAGGCAAGCAAGCCUUGGGAACUACCGUGGAGGUUGAUGACUUGGACAUGGAUUUCCAGUCGGACUAA